CCAGGCAGGGGUUCCCCGCUCCUCGGGCGGGGCCGGCCGUGCGAGCCCAGCCGUGCGAGCCCGCCCGGGGCCCGAAGGGCAGCAGAUCGGGGCGCGCCCCCCGCCGGCACUUGGUGGGGGGCAGGCCCCGCCCUCGCGGCCCCUCUGCGCGCGUCCGCACACCUGCGCGCCACACCCCCGGUCCCGCCCCUCCCCCACCCCUGCUGGGAGUGUCCGGGGGCCUCGCCCAGCCAGGUCCCGACGCGCAGCCGACUGCGGCGCGGGGACGCCUGCCGGCAUCGCUCGCUCCGGCUGCGGCGGCCACGGCUGGAGCGCCGCGUCGGGGCCGGGAUUGGGGCCAUGCUGGGCCGGCGGCGCGUCUUCGCCGUGCAGCCGCUGGGCGGCCGGGAUGGGGCAGGCGAGGACCUGACACGUGGUUGUGUAGUGCCUGGAGUCACCAGCACUUACAGACGGAUCCCGGAUGCUGCUCCAGGGUGCUCGGCAGACUCCUGGAGGGAGAAUGGCAGGCUGAGGGGUCCCGGGAGGCAGGCGCCGCUUCUCAAACUGGCCUCCCAGGACUCAGGAGUGGAGAUGGCGGUUGGGGACAACUCCCCAGCCAGCUCACUGGGCCUUUCUCAAGACUCUCUGAACUGUGAGCCCGUGGGGAGCGCUGAGCCCCCGGCCCUUGGUGCUGUGGGGCCUCCUGCCCACCUGAGCCGGCUUCUAGCCAGCCGCAAGCUGGAGCAGGUGCUGAAGCGGUCUCGCCAGCUCCCGACGUCCCCUGCCAGCUUGUCACAACACUACCGCUCCCCGAAGCUGCCAAGCAAGCCUGAGUGUGAAAUGCCCCUUUUUGGAGCAGGGGCACAGGAGGCCACCGAGGCAGAGCGUGACCUAGAAGCAGGCCUGGAAGAAGCAGAGGUGGUGGGGGGCUUGGGGCCUGAAGCUUGGGCCUGCCUCCCAGGGCAGGGUCUUCGCUACCUGGAACACCUGUGCCUGGUGCUGGAGCAGAUGGCGAGGCUGCAGCAGCUCUGCCUGCAGCUGCAGACUCAGAGGGCCCCUGGGGACCCGGAAGAGGAGGAGGAGACGGCCCUGGCGCCUUCACCUCCACCCUUUCACACCCCAGGCAGUGAGGUACCUGGGCCGUGGGAGCGACUCAGCCAGACAGAGGAGACAGGAGCAAAAACAGCUUCACCCCCGAAGGUAGGGGUGCCCAGCACCAGGCCUUCCAGGAUGUCAGAGGCCCUGGCAGAGCCAGCUCACACCUUUCCAUCCUCCCAGGGUCACAAGGUCAAGGUCCUGCUCAACCGGAUCCGGUGGAGGAGCUCUCGACUUGCUGAACCUGCUGCCCCUCCUGAUGGCCCUGCCCCCAGGAUUGCAUCAAGGGACCUCCCCGAAAGGCCUCCAAGCCAUUCCCUCCGAAAGACCUUUAUGCCAUCAUUAGUGGUUAAGAAGCAACGAGCAAAAAACCUCUCUGUAUGCUGAGACUUCCUGUUACAGGUUGUGACCCCGGUUGAGGGGAGUGCAGUGAAAUCUUCUUGCUUGCCCUCUGCCCUGCUGCUGCUUUUGGGCACUGCCAGGAAAAGCUGUUGACACUCAGCCUUCCCUCUGAGGCGAGGUCUGAGUCUUUCUCCUCUGAGCAGCCGAGGAGCCCUGGGUCCCUGAGAGGCCCCAGGGUGCAGCAGCUCUCGGGCUCCUCACUGGUUGCCAGAAAUCCCUGGGCUUAGGCGAUGUGAACUUACUGAUUCAUCUGGCCUCCAUGGAGUGUGUUUGGCAUGGUGUUCUGUCAGGGCCCAGCGUGUUGCUGGGGACUGUGGGACUGUCAGUGUUGUGAACUGGCUGGAUCCAACCAUCUCUCUGGAAUCAUGCACUCAAAGAGCUGGUCUUCAGGGUGAGGUAACUGCAGAACGAUGGACCUGACUUUCACUCCUGAGCGGGCACGGGAUCUGGAGUCUUGCUUUCCUCCUCAUACUUGCAUCGGCAGCCCCAGGACAGAGAAGGGUGCUCUCUUGACUGCCUCCGUGUUGAAUCUUGCCUGAAGACUGCACCAGGGAUGGGAGGGUCAAGGACAGCAUGGGGAACAGCAGAGUUAUCUUCAAGGUCUGUUCUCAGCUGCUUUCCUCCUUACUAGCCUUUGCCCAUCACAGCUGAAACCAGAGGCCCAUACUAGCUUAUAGACCUUGACAAAAUCCCUUAACUUUUCUGAGCCAUAGCUUCCCACUUAAUCUCCCAGAUGGUAAUAAUGGUGCCUGCCCUACUGACCUCACAGGCUUGUUCUGCAGAUAAAAUGAGAUUAAACUGUCUCAAAGUGCUUGGUGAAUGUUAAAUGAAUAGGAAAGGGUGUUAGAGGGUGGCUAGACUGGAGGGUGAUGGGAAGGUCAGAGGGUAAGGGGAAACUGGGAUUGCUAAUGGGGACUAAAAUGGCCAGUGAAUAGUGGCAAGACUUUGAGCAAGUCAUUUCAUUGAAGUCUCUCAGGUUUCAUAUCUGAGAAUUAGGAUACUAAUUCCUUUUUUAAAAAAGAUAUUUAUUGACUACCUACUAUGUGUGCCAAGCAUUUUUUAAAAAAUUAUUUAUUUAUUUGGUUGCACCAGGUUUUAGUUGCAGCAGGCAGGCUCCUUAGUUGCGGCUUGCCGGCUCCUUAAUUGUGGCAUGUGAACUCUUAGGUGCGGCAUGCAUGUAGGAUCUAGUUCCCUGACCAGGAAUUGGACCCGGGCCCCCUACAUUUGGAGCAUGGAGUUUUAACCACUGUGCCACCAGGGAAGUCCCAGGGCACUAAUUCCUGACCUGCUUAUCCCCCCAAGGGUUGAUGUGAGGACUAAAGGAAAUGACUGUGAGAAUUCUUUGUAAAUGUAUACCUAAAUAUUGUGAAGGUUGAUCUUACUGUAUAGCCUGUUAGGUUCCUAGCUCUUUGUUAAUAGAGAAAGGGGAAAAGUUUAGUCUACUGCAGGUACCCAGAGGAUGGGAGGUGUGCAUGUGACAGUGCCUCAGUGGAAGGGUAGGGCUAGGGAUGGGGUUGAGUCGGACGCAGGAAUGUCUCCUAGAAAUGGCCACCGAUCAUACAUCCUCCUCCUCCAGUAUAGAGGAGAUCAGCUGGUUCUCCUCCUCCUCCUCCUCCAGUCAGCUGGUUCUCUUGCUGCUGCGGUCUUGAGGUCUGCCAGAAUGAGGCAUAGGUGCUCCCUUACGUUUGGUGGUCCAGCACCAGCUGUCUUUUCAACAGGAACCAAUUCUCUGAAGCCUGCUUUUCUAAUGGGACACAUUUUUCCCCAAGACUCUGAAAGAGGACAGCACUUCCAAUGUCCCAGUUUAAGCGCCAGCGGAUCAACCCACUUCCAGGGGGACGCAACUUCUCAGGCGCCGCUUCAACAUCUC